GCAGGGGAUAGGCCUACGUAUGGGAAUUUGCUAAGUCAUUAUAUAACGAAUAUAAUUAAAAUGAGAAUAAAAUUAUCCAUUAUUUCAAGUAUUUAACUUGUUUUUGUGAAAGUUCAACGAUGUCAUUCAUUUAUUGCGCUUCUUGCUUGUCUGUAAACAAUGGCUCACUGCGGGACGAAGCAAUUGCGCUUCUACAAAAUAAGUUGCCCACUCCCAGAUAUGCCUAGAAAGAAGUCUGCCACUCAGCUUGGGCUUGUUCGUUGUAGUAACUGUUCCUCUGAACUACCCGUGCGCAAACCAAGCGGCUUGUCAGCUGUGUGGAUCCUCAAAGACAACGAAUGGUAGUACCGUACGACAACUGACAGUGCUGCUCGGUAAAGAAUAGGAAGGGGCAGUAAAGUAAACGCACGUUUUUAGAAUAAUUUGUCAAACAAUUUGCAUUUGGAUUAGCUGGAGAACAGACACUUUUCUCUCGCUUAUAACGCCGGGGAGCUCACAUCGAGACUCCGUGACAUCGUACUUUUUAAGGUGUAGUGAACAAUAAUGGGUUAUGUUUGCGGAUGAUCAAGAGGAGACUGGCGUCUUGAGCUUAUCGUCGGACACAUGAAUAUUUGCCAUGCCACUUGGGAUGGCUCUGUUCUCAGCCCUGCUCAUCCUCUUACUGAUCACCACCUCAUACACCCUCGCUGUCCGCACUUAUCCACGCUUCUCCAGAAAUGACACUUCUUUUGAGCACCUGGUCCUGCACCCGGACCCCUCUGUGGGCACAGUUUACGUGGGGGCCAGGGACCAUCUCUUCCAACUGGACGGGCUAGACGGCCUGCGUCUGGAGCAUGAGGAGAGGACCGGCCCUGUGACUGAUAGUAAGGAGUGUCUUCCCCCUGUCACCGAGGCCAACUGCCCCCAGGCCCGGCACACCUCCAACCACAACAAGCUGCUCCUAGUGGACCCCUCAGCCAUGGAGCUCAUCACCUGUGGUAACGUCCACCAGGGCACCUGCCAGAAGCGCAGCCUGACCUCUGUGAAGGAGGUCUUGUUCUCUACAGAGAGGCCGGUGGAUACCCAGUAUGUGGCGGCCAACGACCCGGAGGUAUCCACAGUGGGGCUGGUGGUGGGGCCCCGAGGCGGGGAGCGGGCCGUGCUCUAUGUGGGGCGUGGUUACACAAGCAGCCAUCCGCCCAUCUCCACACGCCAUCUGGCCCACGAGCCUGUGUUCUCUUACGAGGAGACAGCCAAGCUGGCCGUGGCGGGAAGGCUCUCGGAGUACGACCACCAUUUUGUAGCCGCUUUCGCUCGCCGUGGGCAUGUGUACUUCUUGUUCUAUCGCCGUGACAUUAAGGCUGUGUCGCGGGAGUACCGUACGUAUGCUGCCCGCGUGUGUCUGGAUGACACCUCCUACUAUUCCUAUGUAGAGGUACCCCUGGUGUGUCACUCCUCUACCUCUUCCCCAGAGAGGAACUACAACCUCCUCCAGGCAGCCCAGGUGGGUCAGGGGGGUGGAAGAGAGGGGGAGACCCUGCUGGGGGUCUUCUCCACCCGGGUCAGCUCUUCCAACGGGCCCUCCGAGGACUCUGCUCUGUGUGUGUACCCUCUGGACGAGCUGGACAGACUCAUCGACUCCACACGAGACCUGUGCUACACACUGGAUGGCCGGGUGAUGGGAGGAGGCGAGGUGGCCUACAUAGAGUAUGAGGUCAAGUCCAGCUGUGCCAACUUACCUACGAACACCCUAAAGGCUUAUCCCUGUGGCUCUGACCACACCCCCAGUCCAAUGGCCAGCAGGGUACCCAUGGAAGCUGAGGCAGUAUUGGACAGCCCAUCUGCCCGUCUCACUGCUGUGGCUGUUGGUAUGAGGGCUGGGCACACCAUUGCCUUUUUAGGAGACUCUAAAGGGAAUUUGCACAAGGUGUUCCUAGGCUCUGGAGGCCGGGUGGAGAUGUACUCCUCCAUGCUCAUCCAGCCCAACUCGCCCAUCAGCAGUGACCUCCUGCUGGACCAGACGGAGACGCACAUCUACGUCAUGACCGGCGCAAUGGUGGAGAAGCGACCGGUGGCAGAGUGUGGAGAUCACCUGGACUGUCAGUCCUGUCUUUCAGCCCGAGACCCUUACUGUGGCUGGUGUGUUCUGGAGGGCAGGUGUGUCCAGCGUUCACAGUGCAGUCGGGGGGCUCUGCAGGGCCAGUGGCUGUGGAGCUUUGACCAGCAGCAGCAGCAGUGUCUCGGUAUCCAAUCCCUGAGCCUGUAUAACAUCAGCCGUGGAGAGGAGAUGGACAUUGCUGUGUCAGUGAAGGGGUUGCCCAGUCUAGUGCAAGGCGAAGCAUACAGCUGUUUCUACCAGGAUGUGGAACGUCUGGCCACUGUCACAGACACUGGUGUGAUCUGCUCUACUCCCGACGCCAGCAGGCUGCCCCCCAUUGGCCAGGGAGAAGACUCAGUCACCAUCCCCCUGUCCCUUCGCUUCCGCAAUGUGACUGUGGCUGCUCGGGAGUUCACCUUCUUUGACUGUGGUGUGGUCCAACAGCUCUCUGGACUCAUGCCGUGCAGAGGGUGUGUAAGCAGUCGCUGGGGCUGUAACUGGUGUAUUCACCAGCACAUGUGCACCAAUAAAAUCUGUGAUGAGGGAGUCACAAUUUACAACAAACACUUCAAACCAACAUUCACUCCCCCAGCAACCAAACAAUCUGACACUCUAACUCCAACUCUCCUGGCUGCUCCAACACUCCCACCCACAGGGACAUCUAUUAGGACCACUCCCCCAGUCCUGGCCAGCACACCUGUGCCCCCAUCCACCACACCCACCACCACCACCCCCGAGCCAACCGCAGUCCCCACCACCCACUUCCCAACCAUUGCCACCACCACACCCUCAACCACACUGGCCACUCAGGCUACCACUGCAACACUAGAGGUGACAACCAGUCUGCAGGCAGGGACACAGACCACCGCUGGAGAGACCUCAGUGGAUGGAGACGGGAGCCUCCACAGGACUACUGCUGGAACAGGGGAGACGGAGCAGACAACAGUCACUAGGGUUGAGCUGCUAGACUGGCCCGAGUCUCCAGAAACUGAGGCUCCUAGUAGUACAAAUGGACUCACCGACACUGACCACACUGUGCCGGAGCCCUCCUCUGACACCACAUCAACCACUGCUAGUGGUGUCCCCCUGUUAAUGGACCUGCCCACUGGCUCUGACGGGGAUGAAGUCCCCCUGUUAAUGGACCUGCCCACUGGCUCUGACAGGGAUGAAGUCCCCCUGUUAAUGGACCUGCCCACUGGCUCUGAUGGGGAUGAAGUCCCCCUGUUAAUGGACCUGCCCACUGGCUCUGAUGGGGAUGAAGUCCACCUGACCCCCUCUGAAGGUACAGACUCACCCCCCUGGACAAAGGAAUGGGAGAAGGGAGAGUCAGAGAUGGACCCUCCAACAUCCUCUGCCACAGUGCCCUCUGGAGAUGAUGACCCAAACCAGCCCUCUCAAUCCUUUACCCUCACACCUGACCCUGACUCUUCAGCAGACUACCAGUCUGACUCCUCUGAAAUUGAUCUGCCGGACUGCCCGUGUGUGGAGAAGGUCCAGGGCUCCUCUCUUGUUCCUGUUAAUGUGGAGCGGAAGAUCACUCUGGUGGGACGCCACCUUCACCUCUUCCAGGAUGAGGAUCUGGACUAUGAGUGUGUGCUGACCAUCGAAGGGCGGUCAGUGGUGGUCGACGCGUACGUGGAGCCAGACGACACCCAGCCCUCUCUCUACUUCAUCACCUGCCAGCUACACCAGUACGCCUAUACUGCCUUUGUGGAGGAGUACAAUGCCGUGAUCAAUGUGAGGAGGAGAAACACCUUUCAGAUUGAUAGUGCGGACGACCUUCAUGUGACGUUGUUUAACUGCUCUGUGGGCCGGUCAGACUGCAGCCGGUGUCGUACAGCUGAUCAGAAGUACGGCUGUGCGUGGUGCGGGGGAGCUCGCUCCAAAUGCAGUUACCGGGACUCCUGCGCUGGUGAAAUCAAGCAGUCCUGCCCAGCACCCGUCAUCCACUUAAUGGAGCCCAUCUCUGGACCAGUAGAGGGUGGUACUGUGGUGACCAUCUCAGGCUCCAAUCUUGGACAGAAAGCUGAAGACAUCCAGAACUCUGUCACUAUAGCCGGUGUCCCCUGCACGGUCAUCAACAGCAGAUAUGAGAUCUCCUCAAGGAUUGUGUGUGAGACCACAGCAAGUGGGGGAGAGAAGAGUGGUCAGGCCUCAGUCGAGGUGAGAGGAGGAGGGCUUGGACUCUCCAGUCAAAGGUUCAGCUUCCAGGACCCGGCUUUGAUGGGGAUAGCCCCUCAGAAGGGGCCCAAGGCCGGGGGCUCAGAAUUGACCAUAAUGGGCCAGAGCCUGAAGACUGGACACCCCAGUGAGGUCAGCGUGCUUAUUGGAGGAGUCUCAUGCCUCAUCUCCUCUGAGGUCGUGGAUGACCAGAUUACAUGUAUGACAGGGGGCAGCAACAGAACUGGAGAGCAUGGAAUCACGGUCCGGUUUGGUAGAGCAGAACGCCAUCUACAGGGAGCCAUCUAUCAUUACACCUCAGAUCCUAACAUAACCAUGGCUGCACCCUCAAAAAGCUUCCUCAGUGGUGGAAGAAUGAUCCGUGUGUCUGGGCAAAACCUAGAUGUAGUGCAGGAGCCCCGAAUCCGGGUGACCCUUAGUCCUCUGGAGUCCCUUUCUCCAAGGAAGAAGAGGAGGACGAGGAGGAGCAGCAGAGAUGGAGAGAGUAGCGUGAGACGCACAGAAAUCCCACUCAAGAGGCAAAGACGGAUAGUUCCUGAGCCAGACUGUCUUGAAGACGCACUCUGUGUGGUAAAAAAGUUUGAGACGAGUUGUGCUGUGAGCAGCUCCUCUCUGAUGCUGUGCCCUACGCCUGCCGUGGGGAUGGAGGCCCACCAUGCUCGGGUCAAGGUGGACUUCCUACUGGAUAACCUGCACUUUGACUUCAACUCUGUGGGCAGUGGAGCUUUCAGCUACGAGCUCAACCCCAGACUGUACCCACUGAACCAGAAUGACCCCAGCAAACCCUACCACCACAAACCUGGCAGCAUCAUCUCUGUGGAGGGGGAGAACCUGGACCUGGCCAUCUUUAAGGAGGAGGUGGUGGCUCUGAUUGGGGAAGGGGUAUGCUCUGUGAAAACCUUGACCCAUAACCACCUCUACUGUGAGCCUCCAUCCCAGCAGCCCUCUGUGAUGGCCAGCAAGAAGCAGGAGGGCAUGGAUUCUCUCCCCGAGUUCACUGUCCAGAUGGGGAACCUGAACUUCUCCCUAGGUAGAGUGCAGUAUGACACCCAAGGCCAGUCCACCUUCCCCCUGGAGGCCCAGGUGGGCGUAGGGGUGGGGGCUUCCAUCGUAGCCCUCAUCGUUGUCAUCAUAGUGCUCAUAUAUAGGAGGAAAAGCAAACAGGCCGUGAGGGACUACAAGAAGGUCCAGAUUCAGCUGGAGAAUCUGGAGACCAGUGUGAGGGACCGCUGCAAGAAAGAGUUCACAGACCUAAUGACUGAGAUGAUGGACUGUUCAAGUGACCUGGUGGGUUCUGGUAUUCCCUUCCUGGACUACAAGGCGUAUGCAGAGCGCAUUUUCUUUCCUGGCCACCGGGAGUCGCCACUGAGGCGAGAUUUGGACGUGCCGGAGUGCCGUAGACAGACGGUGGAGCAGGGACUGGUUCAACUGUCCAACCUCCUCAACAGCAAACUAUUCCUCACCAAGUUCAUCCACACACUGGAGGUGCAGCGGACCUUCUCCCCUCGGGACCGGGCCUACGUGGCCUCCCUGCUCACCGUGGCCCUGCAUGGGAAGCUGGAGUACUUCACUGACAUCCUCAAGACUCUGCUAAACGACCUGGUGGUGCAGUACGUGGCCAAGAACCCCAAACUCAUGCUCCGAAGAACUGAAUCGGUGGUCGAGAAGCUCCUGACCAACUGGAUGUCCAUUUGUCUGUUCACCUUCCUGAGGGACACUGCAGGGGAGUCCUUCUACAUGCUGUUUAGAGCCAUUAAACACCAGGUGGACAAGGGACCGGUGGACGCCGUGACCGGAAAGGCCAAGUAUACACUCAACGACAACAGGCUGCUCCGCGAGGACAUAGAGUACAAAACCUUGACGCUGAAUGUCCUCAUGCCAGCGACAGGCAACGGUGGUGUGCCCCAGACCGCUCCUGCCAAGGUGCUGGACUGUGACACCAUAACCCAGGUGAAGGAGAAGGUCCUGGAACAGGCCUGGAAGGGCAUGUCCUUCUCCCAGAGGCCCCACACAGACUCUCUCCACCUGGAGUGGCGUGCGGGCAUGGCAGGUCACCUGAUCCUGUCAGACGAGGACUUGACGUCGGUGGUGCAGGGUUCCUGGAAACGCCUCAACACCCUGCAGCACUACAAGGUUCCGGAUGGAGCCACUGUUGCACUGGUACCCCGGAACUCCAAGCACAUACACAAUGACAACCAUGACUACUUUCCUGGAGAGAAGACGCCCAUGUUGGACGAUGGGGACGAGGGAGGUGUGAAGCUCUGGCACCUGGUGAAAGCCAAUGAGGAGCCAGACCUGCCCAAACACAGGCGUGGCAGUCUGAGAGAGAGGGAGAGAGAGAGGGCCAAGGCCAUUCCUGAGAUCUACCUCACACGCCUACUCUCCAUGAAGGGCACACUGCAGAAGUUUGUGGAUGACUUGUUCACAGUGAUCCUGAGCACUAACCAGCCAGUUCCCAUGGCUGUCAAGUACUUCUUUGACCUGCUGGAUGAGCAGGCUCUGCAACACAACAUUACAGACCCUGAGACCAUCCACAUCUGGAAGACUAACAGUUUACCCCUGAGGUUCUGGAUCAACAUCUUGAAGAACCCCCAGUUCAUCUUUGAUGUUCAGGCAUCAGACCAUGUGGAUGCUGUGCUGUCUGUCAUAGCCCAGACCUUCAUGGACUCAUGUACCAUCGCAGAGCACAAGCUGGGCAGGGACUCUCCUAUCAACAAGUUACUGUAUGCCAGAGAUAUCCCACGGUACAAGCAGAUGGUAGAGAGAUACUAUGCUGACAUCAGGCAGACCAUUUCUGCCAGCGACCAGGAAAUGAAUUCUGCUCUUGCAGAACUGUCUCGAAAUUAUGCUAGUGAGGUGAACUACCUUGUAGCCCUGCAUGAGCUGUACAAGUACAUCAACAAGUACUAUGAUCAAAUCAUCACUGCUCUAGAGGAGGACCCUACAGCUCAGAAGAUGCAGCUGGGCUACAGGCUCCAGCAGAUUGCGGCUGCCGUGGAAAAUAAAGUCACUGACCUAUGAUAACAGAGUGGCCCUGAGACGGGACAGGCCGAGACCCUGGGGAAAAGACACCCGCUGUGAGGAGUAGUCCGGAAGGAAAAGAAUGUGUGAAAAGGAAAAAGACCUUGUGCAUACAGGGUGUGAUUUCCCUCUCUUUUUGGCAGACUGAAGGAAGUAAAGAAGGUCGAGGGGCACUCAAAGUGGUGCUCUUCUCUUUUUGCCAUAUCUGUGUAGAGUUACUGUGCGUAGAUUCUCCUGACAAGCUGCACAGGAGAUUUCCAUAGCAACCUGACUAUAUUUACCCGCUGCUACUCAGUGUGUACAUACAUAGACAUUAUCCUGAGUAAAUGAGCAAAGUCCUGUUGAACUCUCUGGACUGCGGCAGAGUUUCUGCAACACAAACCACGUCUUACUGGGAUGAAAUGGAUGGAUAAAGCUUACAGGACUAAAAUGAAUUGAAUAGCACUUAUUCAAUUAUGCUAUUGUCAUUCACUUGCUAAAUGCCUUCUGUUUCCCUGAAUCACAUUUUCAAAGUCUUACUUUUCUGGUAGAACUAUCCUUUGCAGACAACGUGUGAGGUAGUAUUGUCUUCACUCAUCCUUUUCACUCCCCAUCAACGUUUUUGUCGCUCCACAAAGUUUUUCUGCUUCAUGUAGUUGAACACUAAAGAACAGACUGCUUUCAAUACAUUGUGAAAAUGUUAGGUACUCCAUGUGCUGGCUUUUAUGGUCACCCAGCUUUGACAUUCUCUAUGAUUUGAAUGUUCCUUUCCAAAAUCGGUAUGAUGUACAAAUAAUUUUAGUGCAUUUCUGAUGGUAAUUCUACGGUUCCCUAAUAAUUGCAGUAGCCAAGCUGAUAUUUUCCGUUCUAAUGCUGAGAUAAUGAUAGACAUCUCUAGCUUAAACCUCCCAGAGAAAUCUCAGCUAGUUAAUGUUCAAUCUGCAGAAUGUUUCCUUCUCUUAGCAGGGUGCCAGACUUCACUACACAUUAUCUGUGAAUGGCAGACUAGAAGGUGUUCUCAAAAAGGUGUAUUUUGUGAGCAGCAGGAGCUAGUAAUCAAACACAACACUUUCCAGAACUGAAUGCGAUUAAACAGUUUGUUUUAGAAAAUGGCUGGUUAUGUGUGACCAAUAUGACAUUUUCUGUCAACACUGUGGGAUGCGACGACUAACAAGCAACAGGUUUUUCCGACACUUGAUUAUUUAAACAAAUCACGAUUUAGCAGGGUGUGUAUCUUUUGAAUUUCGGAACGGGGGAGAUGACAUUUGUCCUUCUGACUUAAAAGAAACUUGCAGAGAAAGGGGGGUGAAGCUAACAUUCGGCUUCCGCUCCUCAUUCUAGUAUCUUUUCUCAUACAUACACCCCCCCCCCCAGAACUUGAAAGAGUAACUGACGCAAUUACGUAAGAUUUUAGUUCUGGGUAUUCGAAAUUAGUAUAGUUGUAAAGGUUGAGCAAAAUGAGUAUGAGAUUGGCAAUAUAAUAUUGUUUAUCUCAUAAAACUUGCAGCAUGACAUGUCUUUAGUCUCAACAAUGAAUCCUUUAUCCCAAGGCCUCAUGACUGUCCUUUUUUAUGACUGAAAUUAAAUGGUAGCCCUAAUGUUUGAUUUUCACUAAUACAACAUUUUAACCCUCAAGCUACUGACUGGAGUCAUUUUGACACCAUAGGUAUAUUUAUCAUAGCCCAAAGGUGGUUUAUUAAAAUCUUCAAAUUUGUAAUGACUUGUUCUUAACAAAUCUAAAUCCAUGUUUUUAGUGUUUCUGUAUCAAUAUGGGGGUCAUUCCUCCAAUUCGAUGCCUUUUGGGAUGUGUAAUUUGGUGGGAUUUUUUUGUUGUUGAUUUCACCUCAUUUUAACAUUCUGUCAUAAAAAGCACAUGUUCAACUUAAUAAAAAAAUGUGUUUUCCCAUCUCAAUAGUUUAAAUAAUUACUAUAGUAAGUGCCAAAUAAAGUAAGCUGGUUGACAAUUUAACCUUAAAGCCAUAAAUCUCCUUGUGAUGGGGGGGAAUGGAAGCUUGUUGUGCAACAGGGAGGGGCAAUUUGAGUGCAAGCUUCAACAUUUUUAAAUAUUAAAACAUUUCUAGCCUGUUUAUCUAUGGGUAACAGGGUUGACAUGUUAUGCUCGACCCAUUCAGUUUCCCACUAGAAAAUGGCCAAAAAGAGUAGAACCAUCUCACCUGUUUUUACACUCAUUUCAUUAUCAGAUGUUCAAUGUUUCUUUUCAAACAUUGAGUUCACAUAACAGCAUUCACCUUAAAAUGAGGGACUGUUUUUAUUUAUUUAUUUUUUUACCUUAAAAUGAAUCACUAAAUAAAUAAAUAAAUAAAUUAAAUACUUUUCAGAAAUUACUUUGUCAAAGCAACAAAAUAACCAGGGCUACACAAUCAUGUGAGAACCUUUUGGGAAGUCACAGAUGAUGCACGGAGGGACAUGUCAAAAUGUUGAAUUUUGGCACAUUAGCAAGGCUUUAUAUAAAAAAAUAUGCUUUAUUGAAUUGUGCAUGUGAUCUAUAUUAAAAUGGCACUUCAUUGAACAUAACACGUUUUUAAAAUUCAACAUUGGUGCAAAUUGUUGCCUUAAAAUGUCAAAAGGAUGCAAAAGAUACUAAUUUCGUGGAACAACCCGUGGACUAUUCAGAAAUUCAAGUCCUUUUGGGAUAGUUUUGACCCUAGCCAAAAACACUUAAUUUUGUCUAUAGUAAUUUGAUUUAAAAAAUGACUUUUUAUUUGAAUCUAGGUUUCUCUAGAGACAAAUACAAGUUAUCCAUAGGGUGGAGGGGGACCUGUAUCAGUGAUUUGGAUCCAAUACAGAUCCUCUGCAGAGAUACAGCUCCCCAUGUAACUUACUUGCCUAACAUUGUACAUUUCUUUACCAUGUAUCGUAUGACUGUACUACAAAACCAAAAUAACCUUAUUUUUGUGCAUGUAAAAAUCUGACAAUGGUGUACAAAGUUUGCCAGUGGUAUAAAUACUUGAUAGAGCUGCAAUGGAGAACUCCGGUACACUCCAGCUACAUUGAGAGCUGUAUUGGUCUGUAUUCUCUGCAAAGUUGUUAUUCUAGGGCAAAUCUCCCAAAAAGUAUUUAUUUGAAUCCAGGUUUCUCUGGAGACAAAAUAUUAAGUUAUACGUAUCAUUAGAGGGUGGAGGGGGACCUGUAUGAGUGAUUUUGACCAAAUAGACCGAUCACCUGCAGAAAUGGAGCAGCUUAUGUACUCGCUUAUGGGUAUAAAUCAAAUCAAUCACAUUUUAUUUGUCACAUGCUUUAUAGGCAACAGGCGUAGACUAACAGUGAAAUGCUCACUUACGGGUCCUUUUCCAACAAUGCAGUUAAAGAUUUUUUUUUAAAUAGACAUGAGGAAUAAAUACACAGUGAAUAACUCAGUAAAAAUAAAGAGUAGUGGUAGCUGCAGUGUGUGUGUGUGGUGUCUGGGGAUGGGGGGCAGUGUCGGUGUGUGUGCAUAGUCAGUGCAAGAGAGUUUGUAAAAACAAAGGGAAGUCCAGGUAGCCAUUUUAAUUAGGUAUGUAGCAGUCUUGUUUAUAAGUCUUAUGACUUGGGGGUAUAAGAUGUUCAGGGUACUUUUGGUUCCAGACUUGGUGCAUUGUUACUGCUUGCCGUGCUGUAGCAAAGAGAACCUGUGGCUUGGGUUGCUGGAGUCUGACAAUUGUUUGGGCCUUCCUCUGACACCGCCUGGUAUAGAGGUCCUGGAUGGCUAUAACUAGGUAUGACCGUGUGCAAAAUCUAAAUUUACCUUCGAUAUAUGCCAAUUUGCAGUCAAAACAGCUCAGAACAGUCUGUCGGUCAUAUUAAUACUUGGUAAAACUGUAAUACGGAAACCCACUACCCUCUAAAAUGAACACACAGUGCUGUGUAUUCUCUACGGUAAAUGUUACAUAAAUUCCUAUAUUCUAUAGGUGCAAGCAACUUGUGAUAUUUUGGAUGCUAUACCAUUUGUUUUGAGGUGACUUUGGGCAUGCUUUUGAAGCAUCCUGCCAUAGCCUCUAACACUCCCAUUGUUUUACUAACAGUGAUGGUAAUGCUGUCUGUGGGCUUAGUAAAUAAAGUAAACUAAGCCAUACAUUUGGUACAUUUCAUUCAGGAUCACUUUUUGAAGUGAAUUUAAUCAUUACUUUUCAAUAAAAUGUAGAAUAUUUAAAAUGGUGUACCGUCCCUUUAAACGGCAGUACUUUUUACCACAAAAUAUGACCAUUUAUACUUUCAACAUUCUGAAAACGAAAUGAUACUAUAAUAAAAUAAUGGUAAAUUAGCUUUUUCUGUAGUAAUGUGGAUAGAAUUUGGGAGAAAAGGCUGCAAAUUGAAUGAAGGAAACAUAUGAGUUUUUAUUGAAUAUGCAAAUUAACUCUAAUUUAGCUAAAAUAAGUGUUUUGGUCUCUUUUUUUCAGAUUACAUUAAUUACAUGUCUAAUUUUUUAAAAAGAAAUAUGUUGCUAUUUUGCUAUGACUGUUGCUUUUUCAAAUAUAGUUUCUUCUUGGGGUAACAAUGAACCCAGUUGGUAAUCGAUGUAUGAAAAUAUUUUGGUUGCUUGAGGGUUAAAAUAUUUUUCGGUUUUAAAAUGGUAUUUAUUUAUUUAUUUUCCUGUCUGGUUGGCUGCUGGUUCGUUAUCUAUUUACGAAGACCAAAUAAUCAAUGGAAUUACAAUGAAAUCCAUUGUUUGAAAGUGAGAUCCGAUUUCAUGCAAACGCCUGUCAUAUUCUUCUUUGGUACUGAUGACAUGGUCCACAAUGAAUGAAUGACACUGUUCUUUUUUUAAAUAUUUUUUUUAUAAAUGCGUAGAAGCUUUAUGUAGGCCUAUAUUGGUCAUGUUUUGACUUUUGACCCUUUUUGAUUUUCAUUACUCUGUGUUUGUGGGUUGGGUAAGGGUAUACUUUACAAAAAAUCUAAGUAUCAAAAUUACGACUCGCAUUACAUUCUGGGACUACUGCUUUUUGACAUGUGAGUUUUUACAUACAUUUUUAGAUGUCAAGCUAUAAUAAGGGAAUAUCUGUUUGUUAGUAAUGUAGAGCAAGUUAUGUUGGCGAUUUUUAAAGUACAUUUUUGUCAUCUCUUGCCAUGGACAUAGCAAAAGCAAUCCUUGUUUGUUUUCCUUGCUAAAUUCAAACAUUAUUUGGAUUUCCUUGUAAAUACUUUAACGAUUUGUAAGUAAGCCUACCAUUAGCUUUCUCUAACUGUUUGAUAGGUGAAAUGUAACUUAAUGUCAUGCAAUAAAAUAGUCAAAAUGUC